AUGCUCAGACUUUGGAGUGUCGUCCUCUUUUUCCUCCUCAUCGGACCCAGCUUCGGUCUCCCGCCCCUACGCGGGAUGGUCCCGAGAGGCAGGACCAGGCCUCACCCCAACACCGCAGGCUCGACGAACGAAAAGUUCCACAACUGCAAUUCGUAUAAGUGGGAUGUCUACCACGGGGCAAGCGCGGGUAGCGGCAAAGGAGUUAAGGAGAACUGCUGCCAAGUAGCUGGUUUCACGCCGCAGAAAGGCUCGAAGAUCAAGUGCUAG